AUGACACCCAUUCCCUGUGUUGCUUGCCGUCUACAAGUCGACCUUGCCAUAAAUACCACUGAUACCGGCAAUAUUGUCCAAUCGUCUACCGAUGAUGAAAUGACAAUGAUGUUUGAGGAUCUCGUCGUCCAGCUCGAAUGGUUUGAUGGGGGCCCUAUCUUUCUCAACGACCACCGCGGAAUUGGCGUGGAACGAUUUGGCAAAGUGUUUUACAACGAGGUCUUGGAAGCCAAACGACUGACGAUGAAAAAGGUCUAUGUCAAAGUCAAGGAGAUGCACAUUUUCCUAUGA